AUGGCGAUUUCGAGUUCCGGUCAAAGCUCCGGCUGUGGCCUAUGCAGCUUUGUGGGGCAAGUUCUCGUGGGCCGGUGGUUCAUGAUGUUUGCCUCUUUCUUGAUCAUGGCCUGUGCUGGUUGUACCUAUCUUUUUGGUGUCUAUUCCAAAGAUAUAAAGGCCACUCUCGGCUAUGAUCAAACCACACUCAACCUCCUAGGAACCUGCAAGGACCUCGGCGCCAAUGUCGGAGUUCUCUCUGGCCUCCUAGCCGAGGUAACUCCAACGUGGUUCGUGCUUUUAGUCGGUUCUGUCCUCAACUUUGGAGGGUACUUUGCAAUAUGGCUUGCUGUCACAAAAAAGAUCCCCAAACCCCAAGUUUUGCAGAUGUGUAUUUACAUAUGUGUUGGUGCAAAUUCGCAGAACUUUGCCAACACUGGCUCUCUUGUGACCUGCGUGAAAAACUUCCCGGAAAGUCGAGGUAUGAUGCUAGGUUUAAUGAAGGGUUUUAUAGGGCUAAGUGGGGCGUUGUUUACACAACUCUAUCUUGCAAUUUAUGGGAAUGAUUCUAAGUCUUUGAUCCUUCUUAUUGGAUGGCUUCCGGCUGUGAUCUCUAUACUUUUUGUGUUUAACAUUAGACCCAUGAAAGUUUCUAGCCAUCCCAAUGAGGUUAAGGUCUUUUAUCAAUAUCUUUUCAUAUCAAUUGUUUUGGCUUUUUGCCUGAUGGCCUUAACCAUUGCCCAAAAAUAUGUCACUUUCUCUCACAAUGCCUAUGUUGGAAGUGCCACUGCUGCUUGUGUCUUGCUUUUCCUUCCAUGCCUGAUAGCAUUCAGAGAAGAAUUAACCACUUGGAAGGAGAAAAAACAAAAAGUACUUAGUGUCCCAUCUAGGAUUAUUGUUGAGGAACCACGAUUAUCAGAGCCAAAACCUGAAGAAUCGGUCGAAUGUUCGACAAAUCAGAUAAUAGAGAAGCCAAGAGAAGAUUCAUGCUUUGGAAACAUCUGUAAGAAGCCAAAAAGAGGUGAAGAUUACACCAUUUUACAAGCUCUUUUAAGCAUUGACAUGCUCAUUCUCUUUGUGGCUACAUUUUGUGGAUUGGGUUGUAGUUUAACAGCAGUGGAUAAUUUGGGCCAAAUUGGUGAAUCUUUAGGCUACCCAACUCAUACCAUUGGAACUUUUGUGUCUCUGGUCAGCAUUUUCAACUAUUUUGGAAGAGUUUUUGCAGGUUUUCUCUCUGAAAUCAUCGUCUUGAAAUGGAAAAUACCAAGAACUCUUAUGAUGACAUUUUUCUUGUUGUUACCAAGUGUUGGUGACCUCCUCAUCGCAUUUCCGGUCCCCGGCUCCGUUUAUGUGGCCUCCUUGCUCAUUGGGUUCUCCUAUGGUGCCCAGUUGACCCUUCUUUUUGUAAUUAUCUCUGAGCUUUUUGGAUUGAAAUAUUACUCAACUCUCUUCAACUGUGGCCAACUUGCAAGCCCCCUUGGAUCAUAUAUACUCAAUGUGAGGAUUGUUGGGAAACUUUAUGAUAGAGAGGCGCUGAAGCAACUUGCAGUUAAUGGAAUGAAUAGAUCAAUGGUGCGUGAACUUACAUGCAUUGGGAAGCAGUGUUAUAGGCUGUCUUUUCUUAUACUUGCUGGGACUAAUUUAUUUGGAGCUCUUGUUUCACUGAUUCUAGUAAUAAGAACCAGAAAGUAUUAUAGAACCGAUAUUUAUCAGAGGUUUAGGGCUGAGAUGAUGGCAAAUGAGAAGGAAAUAGCUUUGAAAUCUGCAGCUGGAAAAGAACCAGAAAGUGAGAGGGGGUUGAAUUAG